AUGGGAGACCCACUGGCGGAACGCACCAGGAUGCUUCUAUCUGGUAUUCAGUACCCCGGAGACAAGACUGACUGCCCAGACUCACUGGCUGUGGACAGGUUCCAUCUAUAUCGUGUGUCUGCGACAGAGUAUGUUAUGAUGGACUCUUGCUGCCGACUAGACCCAGAACUUACAGUUCCUAUUGCCCUGCUGACAAACCCCUGCUUCGAGGUGGACCAUUGGUACUGGCAUCACAUCAGACUUUGCAGAGGUCUCGAUAAGAAGGCGCUGAGAGAGACUGAAUGA